ACAACAUUUUUCCCGCCAUUAUAGAGAGUAGGGUUGUCAUCCCAAUCUCACGAAGAACACACUCACAAAACCCUAGAUCAGUUCAAAUUCUCAGGAAUGGCCGGUCAAUCUGAUCCUCACAUAUCCCUCUUUUCUGCCCAGGAGGUGGAAUUUCUUGGCGAAGAUGAAAUGGUGGAGAUUGUUCCCAAUAUGAGAAUGGAUCCCCUGAAUUUGAUCUGUGGGGAUUUUGGGCCUUUCAGGCCACAAAUAGCUACUCAAGUUCCGUUGUGGCUUGCAGUGGCUUUGAAGAAACGAGGGAAAUGCACCAUUCGGCCCCCUGAAUGGAUGUCAGUUGAAAAGUUGACACAGGUUUUGGAAGCAGAGCGAAACUCUCUAAGAGAAUUUCAGCCACUUCCAUUCCAUUAUGUUGAAAUUGCAAGACUUCUUUCUGACCAUGCACGUGAUGACAUUCCUGAUGUUUAUAUGGUAAGGUCUCUCAUUGAAGACAUCAGGAAUGUAAGGUUUCAUAAAGUUGAGACUGGGUUAGAGACAAUCCAUGAGCGCACACAUGCAGUGAAGCUUAAAAAUUUAUCUGCGAUGGAAGCAAAUAUAGUGCGCCCAUUUGUUGUGAGAGCCCUGCAGGCAUUUUAUAAGCACGACAGCCCAGAGAUGAUACCACAACCAGAUACCACGGCUAUUAGAAGGCGGCAAGCAGCUGAUCGUGGACCAAAACGGGAUCGACGAUACUAAUAUAUGGACAAAGCUCUCAGAAAGAAAUAGAUGGUGCUCAUUCCCAAUGACCUUCCCACCCAUAACAGAGUAAUUUCAGCAUUCUAGGGAGGAGGUACUUGUACUCUCACCAUAAACUCUUAUCUGCAGAAUACUUCUAUAGGUUUUACUCACGGUAGAUUUGUGAAAUAACUAUGGCCUUUGAGUUGGUUGUCUUUUUUCUAAUGAAUUAUGAAGAUCCAGUGGAGAGAUUGAGAAAACAUGAAAUUUUGUUUUGCAUUAACAUUUGGGGUCUCACUACAGUAUUGAAUUGGUAUCUACCGAAAAACAGGAUUAAUCAUAACAUGUUAUGUGUACAAUUUGGUCUCAUCGCUUUGUACCCCACUUGUGUCCCAUUUGUUUGUGCCUUGGUCUUAUUAUUUUUAAUUUUGGUCUCAUUUAUUCCUAUCCCGACUUCAUAUAUUUGUAUCA